AUGGGUUUCGCACAGAAGAUCGCUGCAAGUCAGAACAAUCAAAUGCCGGGCACAAACGGCGGAGCACCCCCUUCGGGAUACACAGGAGGACCUCCUUCAGCGCUGCAGCCUGGAAAUAGUCAAUAUCAGGCAUAUCCAGGCUCCCCUCCCCCUCAGGGCUCGGAUAUGCUCCAUACGGCUCACACCAACAAUAUCAGUCUCAAAAUCCAUCCUCACCAGCUCCUGGAUCCUACUCGAGACCUCCUCCGCAGCCCACUUCACCCUACCCCGCACAAUCUCAAGGCUAUGGGCGCCCACCUCCACCUCCACCGCAAGGCCAGCCCUAUGCCUCCUCCGGUUCGCCUCACCCGGGACAGCCCUAUGGACACCCUGGACAGACUGGAUCGCCAUACCCUGGACAACAACCUGCGCAACCCCAGUACCCUGGACAACCCCAGUAUCCCGGACAGCAACCAUACCUCGGACAACAGCCCGCUUAUGUACAGUCGAACCCCAGGACAGGCACCACCCUAUCCUACACAGGGACCUCCCCAGGGAGCUCCGUACCCCGGAGGUCAAGGACGUCCUGGUCCCUCGCCUGGACCACCAAGCGGACCACCUCCCGGCCAUUAUGGUCCUCCUGGCGGUGUCCCCGGUGGCCCCUCGGCCUCAGCUCCACCGGCCACGCAGCAACAGGCUGCAGCAUACAGACAGCUCUUGAUUAGCUGCAUCCAAGAGAAGAACCUGCAACCUUUCUACCCCCCGGAGCGCCUGGACCGACUUGUCCAGUCGCUUGCCGCUCAGGCACCCAGCAAGCUCGCUCGGCUGAUCCACGAAUGGGCUGUGCCCAUGGAAGUUGCUACCGAUGUCAUGAAGCUCGCGCUGUUCGAUGUUAUCCUCUACGUGGACGACAGUGGCUCCAUUGAAUUCGAAGAGAAGGGACUCCGAAAGGACCAGUUGAGACAGAUCCUGGGCAUUGUCGCUACUGCUGCAUCGACCUUCGACGAGGAUGGCAUCUCCGUCCGCUUCAUGAACUCCGUAGAGCAGGGAGAUGGAAUCCGUGAUGCGGAGGAUGUCAACCGCCUGGUGUCUCGCGUCCGCUUCUCCGGUCUCACUCCUCUCGGUACUAGCUUGAAGAGCAAGGUCAUCGACCCCAUGGUCGUGGGACCGGCUCGCCAAAACCGUCUUGAGAAGCCUGUACUUGUCAUCACCAUCACUGAUGGACAGCCUGCCGGUGAACCUCAUGGUGCCGUGGGCGAUGUCAUUCGUCACGCUGUCGAGGAGACCUCGCGCACUCGUUAUGGUCCCGGAGCUGUGUCCUUCCAAUUCUCGCAGGUUGGCACAGAUACACGGGCCCGUGACUUCUUGUCUUCCCUCGAUGAGGAUCCUCACAUUGGCCACUUGAUCGACUGCACCUCCAACUUCGAGGUCGAACAGGAUGAGAUGUCUCGUGCUAACCCACCAGUCCACUUGACCCGUGAACUUUGGUGCGCCAAGCUAAUGCUCGGUGCCAUCGACUCCUCCUACGACACCAAGGACGAGCAAGACAACGACCGUCGUGGACCCCCACCUGCACCCGCAGGUCAAUACGGAGGAUACAACCAGCCUCCUCCCCAAAGUCAAGGUCCACCUACUUCCUUCAACCCACCACCAGGUGCGCCUCCAGGUUACAACCCGCAAGCUGGACCUGGAUACCCACAGGCACCACAGCAGGCCCCUCAGCAACCCCAGUACCAGGCGUCCCGCAGUGCCUAUGGGCAGCAACAACCGUACGGCUAUCCACCCCAGCAGGGAUCUGGACAUCCGCCAUAUGGCCAACCGCCACGCUAUUAG